AUGUCUGUGAGAGGGGUGCCAGAGACAGAGGUGAAGGGAACCAUCAUUGCUACCAUCACAUGUACUGAUAAUGAUGUGCUGCCUUUAUUCAAAGAGUUUAUCUUUAUUGGUCUCUCCUGCCUGGGUUGCAGUCAGCUGUUUGCCCUGAAAACCACCCAGAUUAUACUGAAUGGUACUUUGGACUUUGAAGAUCCUGGCAAUCUCUAUGCAGGAAAUGGAUAUAGCCUCUUGAUUACAGCAGUAGAUAAAAAUGACAUCAGUUUAAAAGGUGGUGUGGUGAUUGGUUCAGUCAAUGCCACUGACAUGGAUUUGCCUCCAACCUUACUGCAGUGCUCUAUAGUGUCUGGUGGAGGUGCAGGAGGAAGAAGGAAAAUCUUCCACUUGGAUCCUUUACUGGGCCAAAUAACCUUGCUCACUCACCCGGAUAUGAGGACAUGCAGACACACGUGCUAAUCAACAAGUGGUGAAUGGAGAUCCCAUCAGGCCAGGAUCUGCCACUACUUCAGUUAGAGCCCAAUCUGUGUGGAAAUAAUGAGCACAUAAAGCUUAAAGUAGUGCCUUCAUUCUCACUCUUGUUUGCCCACUUACAGGUUGUUAUUAAUGUAACAGAG